AUGCCCAUCACGAGGAGUAAGAAGACCUUUGAAGUCAGAGAGAACACCUUUGAAGCUAGAGAGAACACCUUUGAAGUCAGAGAGAAGACCUUUGAAGAUAGAGAGAAGUCCGCGCCCGCCUCCGCCGCGCCAAUGGUACUCAUCGAGAGAGACACGGCCGCGCUCCCGCGCACCACGACGUCAGCCAUGCUCAUCGAUGAACAGCCUGCCAGCACGUCGGCAGCGUCCGCGAACACGGUUGUCCCGCAACGACGACUCGUCACGUCCACGGAAGGGGGGCAGGUGCAAGUCCCGCCUGUCAGAGCAAGUACCCGCUCCGUGCGAUCGAUGCGCUCCACAGCAAGUACGGCGGCGCGCAUCAGACAAGCCGAGCUUGACGCGGAGAUACAAUUAGCUGAAAUGAAACAGCAGGAACUCCGUCUAGAAGCCAUCAAGGAAAUCGCCGCUGAAACGCACACGGAGGAACAGCAACGCGUCCACGACUGGUUGAUUGAAAUGGAAUACAGCCAGCCGCGGGGGGAGGGACGACGCCCGCCUCAGCACAGUAUGGAGCCUGUUCUAUGCGCGAGAAACGCGCACGCGAGCGAGCGAGAUGGAAGAUGGAAUCGAGAGGCACGAGGGAAAGAGACGGAACUACGCCCGCCUAGCCCUAUUCCUAAUCAACGUACGAGCUUUCAUGCGACGAAUAAAGAAGAGGACACGGUCGAUAGAAUAGCACAAGCGCUAGAAAAGAUCGUGAAUAAACGUCCGGUGCCCCGCCAAGCCCACGAGCUGCCUACGUUCAGCGGCGCCGCGACGGAAUGGCUACCCUUCAAGGCGGCCAUGCGGGAUUCUACGACGAUGUACAAGUAUUCCGACUACGAGAACCUCGCACGGCUACGGAACUGUCUACGAGGGAAAGCACAGGAGACAGUCGCCGCGCUGCUAUACUCGGCGACUAGCCCCGACGAGAUUAUGCGAACAUUGGAGCAAUGUUUUGGAAGACCAGAGAUGUUGAUCGAACGAGCGAUAGAAGAUAUAAAGAAGUUACCUAAGUCCGGUACGUCCGCGGGCGAAUUGAACACCCUCGCGGUCAAGUUGAAGAACAUCGUAUGCGUGUUAGGUGGCGUCGAUGAAAGAGGAUAUCUCCGAAACCCCAUGCUCACACGAGAGGUCAUCGAGAAGCUAAGCCCACAUCUCAAGUCUAGGUGGUAUGACUUCGCCUACGAACACGGAGACCCAUCGGAAGCCGAGAUAGCAACGCUGUCAAGAUUUUUGGAACGUGAGGCCGACCGUGCGAUGCGAUUUUCAUACGCCACAUCGCCCCAGUCGCUGAAGGAGACUUUCAACAAUCAAGAAAAGAAGUCGUUUUCACGUGAAAGGCCACGUAAAGACGUGAAAGUCUACGCAACCACUGAAACACCCACCGCACCGACCGUCGAGAGAGAAAAGGAAGCCGUCACAAAACGAUGUCUAUGCUGCGGCGGCAACCACGACGUACCCGAUUGUAAGAAAUACAAGAGGAUGACGGUCAACGAACGAUGGCAGUGGGUGAAAGAAGAGAAAAUAUGCUUCAAGUGCAUCAACGGAAAGCACAGGAGAUUCACAUGUAAAGCAAAGAGGUGCGGAAUAGAAAACUGUCUCUUACCUCACCACAGUACGUUGCAUAUGGACACGUCGCCCGCCGCAGCUACUCAACCGAAGUCACCGCCAGUAAACGAGGAAAAUGUCUUGUCCGCGUCGGCCACUACAAGCGGCCCGGUCAAGGUGUUACUGAAGGUGUGCCCGGUGGAGAUACGCGUACCGGGAGGACCGUCAUUGAAGAGGUAUGCGCUACUAGACGAAGGCGCUACCAUCACGCUCAUGGACAAAGGCCUAGCGAACGAACUCGGCGCCAGAGGACAUGUGAGCCCGCUACACAUACACGGGGCCACAGCGAGUCAAAAGGAGACGCAAAGUCGUGUCGUCAAGAUCGAAGUACGAGGCCAACAUGAAGAGCAGUUUCACGACAUUACCGCCCACACGGUGAAACAACUUACGAUCGGAAGCCAGACGGUGAAAAGGAAUUUCGUCGAAUACGAACACUUGAAGCACCUACCACUCGACGACAUGAGUUACGAAUCGGCGCGCCCGAGCCUACUGAUCGGCGCCGACAACUGGCAUCUGAUUAUCUCGAAGGAAAUCCUCAUCGGCAAACGCUACGAGCCCAUCGCAUCACGCACCGAGCUGGGAUGGACGAUACAUGGCACGGUGCCGCGGAGCUUGUACCGAGGGGAGGAUCAACUAGUCCUCCACGUACACGCCAAGACGGAAAAAGACGUGAGGAACUUCGCUAAUGAAGAUGAGGAAUUAAACGCGCUCAUCAAAACACACUACGACGUCGACGCCCUAGGAAUUGCCUUGAUAACGAAGCCGAGGAAGGCCGAAGAGAGAGCGAUCGACAUCUUCAAUAAAACCAUCGAACGAGUCAACGGAAGAUAUCAAGUGGGCCUGCCAUGGAGAGACGAGCAAGUAGUCAUGCCGCCCAGCUAUGAGAUGGCUUUCAGGAGACUGCGGACUAUCGAGAGGAAGAUGGAUCAGUCCCCCGAAUUCCAGGCAGCCUACACAAGCCAGAUAGAGAACCUACUCACGAAGGGAUACGCCGCAGUAGCUAACGGAGACGAGAGAGACAACGACAAGUCAUGGUAUCUACCUCACUUCGCCGUGACGAACCCUAACAAGCCAGGGAAGGUACGCCUAGUCUUCGAUGCAGCCGCCAAGUCGAGAGGAGAGAGCCUGAACGAUCACCUCCUAGAUGGACCCGACUUACUGCGAGCCUUACCGGGAAUUCUCUAUCGCUUCCGAGAAAAAGAGGUCGCCGUCACCGCCGACAUACGUGAGAUGUUUUUACAAGUAAAGAUUCGCCCUGAAGAUCGACCGGCUCAAAUGUUCCUGUGGAGAGGCAACGAACGAAAGAAGCCACCCACGGAAUACGUCAUGUCAUCGAUGAUAUUCGGCGCUCGGAGCUCACCAUUCCUAGCGCACAGUGUGCGCAACCACAACGCACGCGCGCACGCUGAGACACACCCCGUGGCCCUCCGAGCGAUAACAGAGAGUCACUACAUGGACGACUUCGUGGAGAGCUACGCGACCAAGGAGGAAGCAAGACGAGCAGUACACGAAGUAACCUACGUACACGAGCAAGCCGGGUUCAUACUAGCCGGCUGA